AUGCCGUACCUUGAUGCCAGGGAACGACAUGCCGAGCUCCUCCUCGGGGAUGAGGACGGGCCACUUCUCCCCGCCGUCGCGGAACAUCUGCUCUGUGUCGAUGAGCCGGCCCCGUGCGAGGAUCUGGUCCCGGAUGCCCUGCGCCGUAGCACCCUCAGCGGCGAUGAUGGCCUCCUCGGCUCCGUUGAGGUAGGUCACGAGGACCCGAGGGGGCGGGAGAGUCGGCUGCGACUUGGGGUCCGUGGACAGAGGGGGGAGGGGAGGCGGCGGAGCUCGACGGAGCAGGCCGGGUUGGAGUCCUUGGCCUUGCGACCGUUGCACUGCGCGAGGAGCUCCACUGCCGCCGCCUUCCGCGGGUCCAGAGGGCAGUACUCCACCACCACCUUGGACAAGAACUUAAGCAUGCCUCCUCCUCUCGCCGCUGGCCCCGCCGCCUUCGCCGUCGUUGUCGCGCACUCGCCGCAGCCGCCUCUUUAG